UAUAUACAACAAAAAACAAAAAAAUCACCGCUAAGUGUUUUACAACUUGAAGGCAUUAGCUUCUGUCCGGGUCCCGACACCAGCCCCGCUGCAAAUCUUGACUUGUCAAGCAAUAAAAGCAGUCAACAGCAAAAGCAACAACGCCAAAUGACAGUUACAAUCAGCAUGUCGUGUAUAGCGUGUGCCUCCAUCUACGAGAAUGUUACCACUACAGGGCAACAACAGCAACAACAACAACUAGUAAGCAGUGAGUGGCAAGGCAAUAAUUGCAUGGGACUCAAGGACUAACUGCCUCAACCACCUCAACACCAACGAUACGACAACACAGUAACAAUAAUAAUUGUUUAAUACAAUGACACUGCUACGCAAGCUAACGGCAACAGCAACAUCGGCGGCGAGGACACUGCUCGAGGAUGGCGACGGAGCUGGUGCGAAGUCACAGCCCGUCUAUAUACCACUGCUGCUGGAGGCAUCCGCUUCGGUGUCGGCAUCUGCGGCAGCGGUCGCUGCAACUUCACAUGCGAGUUACUUGAAUUUCGUUGCCGAUGGCCUCAUCGAUGUGGAGGAGAGCGUUGGCAGUGGCGGCAGCAGCUCAAUACCUCUGGACGACAUGGGCGGCGGACAGGCGCUGGACAAUGGCAGCAGUGCCGCGGCCGCCACUGACGAGACAGCGGGCAGUGCGCAUUUGACAUUUGUCAUCGUCAAGUGUUUCAUUAUUGGUUUCAUCAUACUGGCCGCCAUACUCGGCAAUAUGCUGGUGAUUGUGUCCGUUAUGCGACACCGGAAAUUACGCAUCAUUACCAACUAUUUUGUGGUUUCACUGGCUGUUGCCGAUAUGCUGGUUGCUCUCUGUGCUAUGACUUUUAAUGCUUCCGUCGAGAUAUCGGGCAGAUGGAUGUUUGGAUCACUCAUGUGCGAUAUAUGGAACAGUUUUGAUGUAUACUUCUCCACGGCCAGCAUUAUGCAUCUAUGUUGCAUAUCGGUAGACAGAUACUAUGCUAUAGUGCAGCCACUGGACUAUCCGCUUAUAAUGACGUAUCGACGCGUCUUUAUAAUGCUGCUGUUGGUCUGGCUCUCGCCGGCUUUACUAUCGUUUCUGCCCAUCUGCUCGGGCUGGUAUACCACGAACGAGAACUGGAAGUAUCUGAAAUCCAAUCCACAUAUAUGCGAAUUUAAAGUGAACAAAGCCUACGCGAUUGUUAGCUCAUCGAUGAGCUUUUGGAUACCGGGAAUUGUGAUGCUGUCCAUGUACUAUCGCAUUUACCAGGAGGCGGACCGUCAGGAGCGUUUGGUCUACAGAUCUAAAGUGGCAGCCCUGCUGCUGGAGAAACACCUACAGAUUAGCCAAAUACCCAAGCCCCGGCCAAGCAUACAGGUGGAGCAGUCAACUAUAACGACCAUGAGGCGCGAGCGGAAGGCAGCCCGCACAUUGGGCAUCAUAAUGAGCGCCUUUCUGCUCUGCUGGCUGCCCUUCUUCUUAUGGUACAUCACAUUUACAUUAUGUGAUAGCUGCAAAACACCUCGUAUCGUUGUUGGCAUAUUGUUCUGGAUUGGUUACUUUAACUCGGCACUGAAUCCAAUUAUUUAUGCAUAUUUCAAUCGAGAUUUCAGGGCCGCUUUCAAGAAGACGCUCAAGAGCUGCUGUCCCUAUGCGUUCAUCAAUUGUCGCGCCAGUUUUCGGGCGGCGGCUGGACGCGGUAACGGCCUGGGUGGCGGCCAUCGGAGAGACAACGGCGCCAGGAAUGGGUCUGCUGAACUGCCCAAUUACGUGAACUCCACGGCCUCAUCGGAGAUCCACAUGAAUGUGAUGCGUGCGCGACAGUACGUGGAGGCCACGCCCACAAUGACUAACCAAGAGCAACAGCAACUGCAUCCGCUGUACACCAACUAAAACGUGCAGAGUCCUUUUUUUCACUUUCAGCUCUUCAUUUGCUUGCGUGUAUCUGUGUGUGUACAUGUGUGCAAAAUAAUAUACAUAUGUACCUAUACCUCCUAUGCUA